GAAGGACGGAACAGUGAGUGCGGUGUAGCGCUGUGAAAAAAGGGUGCCAAGAUGUUGACUGGUAUCUCAAAUGUGCUGAGAACAUGCGCCCGAAGAAAUGGGGCCGCAGUGGUCAUCUCAGCACGUACAUAUGCUGACUUCACUCCUCAGGCUUCCUUUGAAAUAAAGAAAUGUGAUGUCCACAAGUUGGAAGAGGGCCCGGCUACAGAGGUGGUUCUAACUCGCGAGGAAGGUCUGCAGUACUACCGAACCAUGCAGACCAUGAGGCGUAUGGAGCUCAAGGCUGACCAGCUUUACAAGCAGAAGAUUAUCAGAGGCUUUUGUCACUUGUAUGAUGGCCAGGAAGCUUGUGCAGUUGGUAUUGAAGCUUCAAUUAAUUUGUCAGAUCAUCUUAUUACUGCGUACCGUGCCCAUGGCUACACCUACACCAGGGGUGGGACUGUGAGGGAGAUUAUGGCUGAGCUCACUGGCCGAAGAGGAGGCAUUGCGAAGGGCAAAGGGGGAUCUAUGCACAUGUAUACUAAACAUUUCUAUGGAGGGAAUGGUAUUGUUGGAGCUCAGGUACCUCUGGGAGCAGGAGUAGCCCUUGCCUGCCAAUAUCAGGGAAACAAUGAGCUGUGUGUCUGUCUGUAUGGUGAUGGUGCGGCCAACCAGGGUCAAAUCUUUGAAACCUACAAUAUGGCGGCUCUUUGGAAAUUGCCUGUCAUCUUCAUCUGUGAGAACAACAAGUAUGGUAUGGGCACUUCAGUAGAGCGAGCUGCAGCCAGCACAGACUACUUCAAGAGGGGAGAUUUCAUUCCGGGUCUCAGGGUGGAUGGGAUGGAUAUCCUGUGUGUUAGGGAGGCCACCAGGUUUGCAGCUGAUCACUGCCGAUCUGGAAAGGGUCCCAUCCUCAUGGAACUCCAGACCUAUCGUUACCAUGGACAUAGUAUGAGUGAUCCUGGUGUCAGCUACCGCACACGUGAGGAAAUCCAGGAGGUCCGCAGUAAGAGUGAUCCUAUCUCCAUGCUCAAGGACCGGAUGCUCAGUAAUAACAUGGCCAGUGUGGAGGAGUUGAAGGAGAUUGAUGUGGAGGUGAGGAAAGAGAUUGAAGAUGCUGCACAGUUUGCCACCACAGACCCCGAACCCCCACUGGAGGAACUGUGCAACCAUCUCUUCUAUAAUGAGCCAACACUGGAAGUGCGUGGCACAAACCCUUGGACCAAGCUGAAGUCUGUCAGCUAAAGUUGAUUAAAGUCAAUAACUCCAUUCUCUCUCUCACCUCUUCCCUCUACUCUUUACUGGCGUAUACUUAAACUAUUACUCUUGCCAUUCUGCCCUCUUCAGCCUGGCCCAUCCCCCAAGCAAUUCCCAACAUUUGAACACAUAGCAGUCACUUCUGCUCGAUAAAUUUCACCCUAAGAUUGUGCCUCAGGCCAGGAACAAGUUGUCCAUAUCAGUCAAGAUUGCCAUUUUUGGUGUGUCAAUUAGCAAUUUAAUGUAACCAUAGGUGCCAAACUGAUAAACACCUUGUUAGAGGAAAAUAAACUGAGAUUGGUAAGAAUAAAGUUGGGAAGUUUUUAAGACCUUUAAAGGUCUUCAUUGUUCUCAUACAAACAUGACACCUGAGUAUCAUACAAAUUACUCUUGAGCAUGUGAUUUGGAAAAAAUAUAUUAGUAAUAUGAUAACUUCGCUCUUUGAAAUCCUUUUCGUUUUCUCUGUUUUCCCCUUGAAGAAACUUAAAAAAAAAAAGUUAAAACAUUUGUUGAUAUCAACUUCUAUCGACCUUUUUCUAAAAACGAAAGCGACGAAAUAAACCCAUCUUGACACAAACUUAAAGAUUUUCUAUUUUAGCGGGUGAUGUGAUCUGGCCCUAGUUAUUACAGUUGGAUCCCUAUUUUAAAUUGUGUGAGGGCUAGCCAAGUCUCUAUCCAAACAUCCGGGUCCCUAUCCUUCCCAAAGAGACCCUGUACUUAUUUAUUCAUAUUCCAGUAAACAGAUUCUGACUUGACUAAUUGAAGUAGUUUCAAAUCCCAUCAUUUUCACGUCAUCCUGUGUUACAGGGUCUGCAGAAGAAACGAAAAGGUAAAUAGACCUUUAUAGAAUUAUGUCUUGCAGAGAACGGAAGUGUAUAAACAUGAUUAUCAUAACCCUAUUCCCCCCCCCCCCCCCGUAUGUAUGGGGAUGUGAUGGGGUAAAUGGGAAAGGAUCGUCAAGGGAAGUAGAAAGGGUUGAAAAAACAAUAUUUAUUUUGCCAAACCAAACAUGUGCCUGACAAUUCUGGUGUGGUUUAUAAAUUAAUGUGUCGGGCAUCAUGUUUGUGGAACACUACAGGUUAAACAGGCAACACAUAAGACUCUCGGAAAAAAAGCCUGAGCAAAUACUCGGGGAGUCUGUGUGCCAAAGAAGCAUUGAAUGUGCUAACAUGUAUACAAGAAAAUAUCUUGGAUACUCCGAUAUCCCUUUUGGUACUGUAACAUCCUUUUGAUACUGGCCUAAAUAGGUUGCUUACCUUUUUUUGGGGGGUUUUUUUUUCAAAAACUUUAUGAAAUGGGGAAGCUUAUAAUCUUAAGUGGGAUACUAAGCAGGGUAUAAACUAUCCUAUUUAUUACGGUGGAUAUUGGGAUAUUCUCAUCCCAAAAAUAUAAAUGCGGCAUAUGAUUCUAAGCGGGAUAUGUACUAUUAUCUGGAGUACUUAUGCAUGUGAACACAUUCAGUGUGACUCCUUGGUCUCAUUUCUUUCAUCAGCAAUGACUUACUUUUCAUUCUUCUUUCAAAUUACCCCUUGCGCCCCCCAGAGAGGAGUAUCUGUUAUAUCUGGCACUUGCUUUUAUUGCUGAAGCUAUUGCUUUGGUAUGAAUAUUCAGUACCAAUAAAUUUGAAGGUGUUGUUUACAGGGAUACUUUGACGUAUUUAAUUUUAGUCUGCUGUGUACCUUUUUGCCAUGAGCUUUUCACAUCGUGGUGAAAAGGUUUCUGCCUUAUACUUUAGCAGACACGAAAGCUGGAUUCAAACUAACAAGUACUUCUGCACUUCCUCAUUGGGUAGCGGAAGGACGAACAUGCUAGCCUGACUAAAGUACUUAAUAAGAUGACAGACGAAAAUUAAGCCAAGCUAUCCCUUCUGCUGGAAUUGGGGGGCUGCUGAGACUCAUGCUUGGAAACUGUUACAUUGCAGACUCGAUUAUGAAAGGAAAUGCAACUCAGUUGAGUUGGUUUUAUGUUUGUAAACGCCUGCAAUAAAGAAAAUGGAAGAUG